GACGUUGCACCAACGUGGAGCUGCGCUCAUCUGAAGGUGGUGGAUGUUUGAGUAUAAAGAAUAUUUUAACUGAAUCGGUUCACUAUUAGUGACCUGCAGUGAGUUUAACAGGUCGUUUGUAAAAUAUACUUUUGGAAGUACCAGAAAUACAACAACAUUCCGUGUUUGAGAGCGCGGACAUGGCUGAGAAGAAGCCGAGUUCAUCUGAGGCUCCGUUCGCCAAGAGGAUAGACCCCGCUAAAGAGGGCAUCUCUAAAGAACAAUUACACUUUAUCAGACAGGUGGAGCUGGAGCAGUGGAAGAAGAAAACUCAGAAACUGAGGACACGAAAUGUUGUAACGGGACUCGCCAUUGGAGCUGUGGUUGUGGGCAUUUAUGGAUACACAUUUUGGUCAGUCUCUCAGGAGAGGAUCAUGGACGAAAUCGAUGAGGAGGCGAAAAGAGCGAGGUCCCAGAUGCCAAAGACUGGUGCCAACUGAAACACACCUGUGGCCUGCUGUUGGACUGUGGAUGGCCCUAAAAUGUUACAGCACUUAAAGGACUUAUGUGCUGCUCUGUGUAUAAGCACUGGACUUGAGUCUUUUGAUUCUAAUGCUGACUUAAAAUCUAAUUUAAUUAUGGUUGCUUUGGCAAAUUUCAGUUUGACAAAUAACUUAACAAUGCUUCUACAAUAAUCUAAUAUGAAUCAAGGAUAUAAUACAUGCAUCAGUCAGCUAAAGUUGUUUAUGUGUGAGGCCUUUUAACACCAGUGGAUGCCGGUGACACUUUUGUAACAGCAUUGAAGUGCUUAUUUAUUUUCAUACCAUUGGGUUUGUUAAGUA